AGAGAAUUUGCAGUAUAUGAUCGCCUCGGCUCGGGCCAUCCAGGCAUCAUGCGUUGUUAUGGCACCCUAGAUGACAGAUGUUUGGUCCUCGAAUUUGCGUGCCACGGCUCCGUGCAACAAUACAUCCGUAGCCAUCAUAACAUCCCACUGGCUCUUAAACUCCGUUGGAUGGAGCAAACAACUGGCGCCAUUGCAUUUCUUCACUCAAUAAAUAUCUUUCAUUGCGACAUCUCCAGCAACAAUGUAUUUCUCGACGAGAAUCUAGAUGCCAUAGUAGGAGACUUUUCUGGCUCAUCCCUGGAUGGCGGAGAUGCCCUCACUUGGUAUGAGACGACUCAUUCUCAUCCC